CUUCUCUUGCUGGGUGAGGCUGGUCUUCCUGGGUGGUGUCCUGGGGCCAGAAGAGGUCUGAAGAGACGUGGAUGGGGCAGCUCUGAGCCCAGCCCUGGGCUCUCAAAGCCCACCCUAUGCUUUGCCUUCCCCAUCCCCCACCUCCUGUCAGCAUUGCAGCUCAAGGCUUGGUCCAUAGAGUCCAGGUCUCAGGAGACUGAGGACUGAGGAGCACAGAACAUGAGCCACCCAAAGGGCUUCCGAAUCCCACUGAGGGCAAGAGACAUAACCGGUGCUGCAGAGCAGGUUGGUGCAGCAAAGGUGGCUGAAGGAGUCCAGCAGCGGCUGGCAUGGAUCUUGGAGUUUAUGAGCAAGAAGCAGCUGAGGGAGUUCCUGCUGCGGCUGCCUGAUAAGCAUCUCUGCCAGCACUCCCCUGGGGCGACCCCAGCUCAACCAGAGGAGGUGGGUGGCAUGGAGGUGGCCUCAUGCCUGGUGGCUCAGUACGGGGAGCAGCAGGCCUGGGACCUGGCCCAGCAGACCUGGGAGCAGAUGGGCCUAAGCCAGCUGUGUGCUGCAGCCCGGAAAGGGUCAGCUAUGCAGUCAGGAAUCAAAGAAAAAUACCAGAACCAAAGGAGAGAGAGUUACUGCCCUACACAGUCAUGGAGAAAUGAGUAUUUGCACCAAAAAUUCACACAACUGCUACUUCUACACAGAUCUCAACCCAGAGGCUAUGACUCCCUGCUCAGGAGAAGAAGGAAUCAUGAGGUGGUAGAUAAACAAAGACAUUUGAUGGAGAUCGGAGACUUAUUUGGCCCAGGCCUGAGUACCCAGGAGGAGCCUCCCACUGUCGUGGUGCAUGGAGUUGCUGGAAUCGGGAAGUCAACCCUGGCCAGGCAGGUGAGGGGAGCCUGGGAGGAAGGCUGGCUGUUCAGGGACCGCUUCAAGCAUGUCUUCUACUUCAACUGCAGAGAGCUGGCCCAGUCCAAGACCAUGAGUCUCGCUAAGCUCAUCACAAAAGACUGGGCUGCGCCCAAGGCUGCCAUUGGGCAGAUCCUGUCUCAGCCAGAGCAGCUGCUCUUCAUUCUUGAUAACUUAGAUGAACCAAAAUGGGACUUGAAGGGGCAGAGUUCUGAGCUCUGUCCACACUGGAGCCAGCAACAGCAGGUGCACACACUGCUGGGCAGUUUGCUAAAGAAAACCUUACUUCCCACGGCUUCCCUGCUGAUCACAGCUCGGAUCACAGCUCUGUGGAGGCUCAAAACUUCUUUAAAGCAUCCUCGCUGGGUGGAGGUCCUGGGAUUCUCCGAGUCGGCCAGGAAGGAGUAUUUCUACAAAUAUUUCACUGAUAGGAGGCAAGCAAUAAGAGCCUUUACCUUGGUUGAAUCCAACCCAGCUCUCCUGACCAUGUGUCUCAUGCCCUUGGUGUCCUGGCUGGUCUGCACUUGCCUGAAGCAGCAGAUGGAGCAGGAGCAACCACUCUCACUGACCUCCCAGACGACCACAGCCCUCUGUCUCCACUACUUUUUCCAUGUUCUCCAGGCUCAGUCCCUCGGGACUAAGUUGAGGGGCUUCUGCUCUCUGGCUGCUGAAGGCACCUGGCAAGGAAAGACUCUGUUCAGCCUCAAGGACUUCAGGAAACACGGGUUAGACGCUUCCAUCAUCUCCACUCUCUUAAACAUGGGUGUUCUUAAACAGCACCCCACCCCUCAGAGAUACAGCUUCAUUCACCUGUGCUUCCAGGAGUUCUUUGCAGCAAUGUCCUAUGCUUUAGGCGAUAGAGUGUUGAAACGUGGUCGCUUUACAAACAUGAAAUUUAUAAGAGACUUGACAGAUGUAUAUGACAGGCGUGACCUGUUUGGGAAACCAACCACAUGUUUCCUGUUUGGUCUUUUGAGUGAUCAGGGGAUGAGAGAGAUGGAGAGCAUCUUCAAAUGCAGCCUGUCACAGGAGAGGCAUUCCUAUCUGCUGCAGUUGGCCAAGAGGGAAGUUGACUACAAGCGUCGUAACCUUGAGCCAUAUUGUUGGCACUUGCUCCACUGUUUUUAUGAGAAUCAGGACAAAAGGUUUCUGACAGAAAUGAUGUCCAAUUUCUAUAGAAUGAGGAUAUGUGUCCAAACUCACAUGGAGCUCCUGGUGUUCACGUUCUGCUUUAAAUUCUGCCAUCGCUUGAUGACGCUUCAACUGAAUGACGGUGGAGAGGAAAAACUAGCUCAAAGGCCUUCAGGUGUAGUUCUGUACAGCUGGGGCCCGUUUACAGAUUCCUGGUGGCAGAUGUUCUUCUCUAUUCUCAAAGUCCCUAGAAGCCCGAGGGAGCUGGACCUGAGUGGGAACUCUCUGAGCUGCUCUGCAGUACAGAGUCUUUGUGAUGCCCUGAAAAGCCCACACUGCCACCUGGACUCCUUGAGGUUGGCCAACUGCGGCCUCACAGCAGAAGGCUGCAGGGCCCUUGCCCGUGUGCUGAGUGACAACAGGCACCUGAUAGAGCUGGAUCUGAGCUUCAACAAGCUCCGAGACACCGGAGCCAGGCACCUAUUCCGGGAGCUGAGACAUUCUCACUGCAAGCUGUGGUGGCUGCUGCUCGUCAGCUGUGGCCUCACAUCUGCCUGCUGCCAGGACCUGGCCUCCAUGCUCAGUAACAACUAUAUGCUGUCAGAGCUGGACCUGCAGCAGAACGACCUGGGCGACCUCGGUGUGAGGCUGCUCUGUGAAGGACUCAGGCAUCCUAACUGCCGCCUCAAGUACCUGAGGCUGGACCUGACUCGGCUGAGUGAGGAGGCGACAGAGACGCUGAGGCUCCUGCAGCAGGAGAAGCCUCAUAUGCUCAUUAAAAAUGAGUCAGGACUACACCCCAGUUCCAGCAUUAAUGGCGGGCCCUUCUGUCUGUCUUCUCCUGAACCCCUGGGGAACAUACCAGUGGAGUCUAUAGGGACAGAUGAUGACUUCUGGGGCCCCACAGGACCUGUGACUCCAGAGGUGGUGGACGAAGACAGAGGUCUAUACCGAGUUCACUUCCCUGUGGCUGGUUCCUACCACUGUCCCAACGUGGGUCUCCACUUUGUGGUGAGAGGGCCUGUGACCAUUGAGAUAGAAUUCUGUGCUUGGGACCAGUUCCUGGACCAGAUUGUCCCACGGCACAGCUGGAUGGUUGCGGGGCCUCUUUUUGACAUCAAGGCUGAACCAGGAGCUGUGGCAGCUGUGUACCUCCCUCACUUUAUAGCCCUCCAAGAGGAACAUGUGGACAUCUCAUGGUUCCAUGUAGCCCACUUUAAAGAGGAUGGGAUACUUCUUGAGAAGCCAACCAGGGUGGAGCCACGUUAUACCGUCCUUGAGAACCCCAGCUUCUCCCCCAUGGGAGUUCUACUGAGAAAGAUCCACUCUUUGCUGAACAUUCCUGUCAUCUCCAAUGUGUUGCUCUACCAUCGCCUCCAUUCUGAGGAAGUCAACUUCCACCUCUACCUACUCCCCAGCGACUGCACCAUUGAGAAGGCCGUAGAUAAUGAAAAAAAGAAGUUCCAGUUUGUGCGAAUACACAAGCCACCCCCGCUGACUCCGCUCCACAUAGGCUCCCGAUAUAUUGUGUCUGGUUCACAGAAAAUGGAAAUAAUCCCUGAGGAACUGGAGCUCUGCUACCGAAGCCCUGGGAACCCCCAGCUCUUCACUGAGUUUUACGUUGGUCAUCUGGGGUCGGGGAUCCGGCUACAGAUUAAAAGCAAAAAUGAUGCGACUGUGGUAUGGGAGGCCUUGGUGAAAUCAGGAGACCUCAGACCUGCAGCUCCCCUGGUCUCUCAAGCCCUGACAGCCUCACCUUCACCCCCCAAUGCUCCAGACUUGCUGCACUUUGUGGACCAACAUCGGGCCCAGCUGGUGGCUCGAGUGACAUCGGUGGAUGCAAUCCUAGACAAGCUGCAUGGACCGGUGCUGAGCGACGAGCAGUAUGAGAGGGUGCGGGCUGAGCCCACCAAUCCGGACAAGAUGAGGAUGCUGUUCAGCAUCAUCAAGUCCUGGGACAGGGCCUGCAAAGAUCAACUCUACCGAGCCCUGAAGGAGACCCAUCCUCACCUAAUUGAGGAUCUCGGGGAGAAGACGCAGUGGAGGAGACUAGGGGAGCUACUGACAAGUUCGGCAGCUGAAGUCUGAAUACCUGCUUCUGAGUCCUGGCUCUGACUGUUCAGGCAUUAGGUCUAGGUUUUUUCAUGUCUAAACACAUUGCCAUUGCCCAGCCAGAGUGGCUCAGUUGGCUGAGUGUCGUCCUGUUCACUGCACGGUUGUUGGUUCGAAUCCUGGUCAGGGCACAUACCUGGGUUGCGGGUUUGAAUGCCGGGCAUGGCAUGUAUGGAAGGAAACCUAUAAUGUUGCUGAUAUUUCUCUCUCACAUCAAUGUUUCUCUCUCUCUCUCUCCCCCUCCCUCCCUCUGCCCCUCUCUCUAAGCAUGUCCUCAGUAAAUAAAUAUGCAAACACAUUGCCUUCUAACCCUAAAGUUAUGGUGCUUUGAUGAUGCCUUUGCUGGGCAUUACAUGUCCAUGCUCAGUGCUGCCACACGGCCUUCCAGGCUGCCUCCCUUGGCUCUCACAGGCCAGCUGUCUGGGUAGAAUGACAGCCUCUGGAGGAAUGUGCCUCUGAAGCUGGCAGGAUGUCUUCCAACCUUGUAGAAGCCUCACCAAAGAGCCUUGUCCAGUGGCCCCCCACAGCCCUCCCUGUGCCAUCCAGAUGCAAAAAGGUCACUUCUGGCUGAAGACAGACAGUGGAAAUGGACACCUUGAAGGUUUGGAAUGGCUAGGAGUAGGGGCAAAAACAGAUUUGUUUUUCACUUGUCCAUGUUGAGCCGGGUUUUUCUAUUAGCCCAAAUUGUGCUUUUUGUUGAUUCUGAUGUCUACUGGAUUCCUAGAGCCACAGGAGAGGUGAAGAUCAAGGGCACAGGGGGAAUGGUUCUCGGUCUUAGCUUAGAUAACUCCUCCUGUGGAAAGUGAUUCCAUCCCCUUACACCCGACUUAGGUACCACUGCCUGUGCCCCUAUAUAAGUCCCAGUUGUUUCAUAAUAAUUUGCAGAGGAGCCACCUCCUGGACUCAUUACUUUUUGCUCAGGUCACAUUGCUAACAUGUUCAAUACAUUUGGCUGACUCUGGCAGGACCUCCUUCUGAAUGAGAUUAUUACUGAACUUUGGAUCCCAGCUCUUGGAACUUUGGAUCCCAGCUCUUGGAGCUGGCCUCUAAUGGAAGUGGAAUCAAGCUGGACACCU